AUGCAGCGUCCAAGGGAGCGUAAUGAGAACCCCAUCGUAUUCUUUGACAUGUCGAUAGGCGAGAAAAAUGUCGGGAGACUGCUCAUCGAGUUGCGAGCUGAUGUCGCUCCCCGUACUGCUGAAAACUUCCGCCGACUGUGUACUGGUGAGACAAAAGAACCGCGGACUGGGCGGCGUCGACACUACGCACGCUGUCCGUUUCAUCGUGUUGUCAAAGACAAAUUUUGCCAGUCAGGAGACUAUGCUAAUCACGAUGGAUCAGGUGGCGAGUGUACGUUUGACAAACCUGCCCAAUUGAUUUCCCCAUCAUCAACAUUUGACGAUGAGAACUUCAUCCUACGUCACACUGGUUCCGGCGUGCUAUCGAUGGCCAAUUCUGGUCCAGACUCCAACACUUGCCAGUUUUAUCUUCACUUUGGCCCGCAACCCAACUUCGACGGCAAACACGUUGUCUUCGGAUAUCUUAUGGAUACUGAGAGUUUUGCUGUGCUUGAACAGAUAAACGCAGUAGCGACGGCUAGAGGUGAUCCCAAACAGCCUGUCAAGAUUUCUCGAUCAGGGCAGCUCUUUCCAGCUUGA